AGAGGGAGGGAGAGGGAGAGGGAGCGGGCCUGCCAGAGGCCACCGGGUGAGCCGGGGCCAAAGCCCCAAAACUCCGGCCCGGGGAUCUUUAUCUGACCUCGGGCGGACCCCCGCAGAGCUGUCAGGCUGUGACCCGGGCCGGACCCAGCGCUUUAGAGCCCUUCCCGCACAUCAGGGGCGGUGCGGAUUGCGUCUUGCCACCUCACCAAGCCCCCUAUAGCUGAGGAGGACGCCGAGGCUGUGGUGGAGCGGGCAGGAGAGCGCCUUGCCCAGGGUUACCGCCGAGAGCGGGUGUUCCCCAGACCCCGGAGACACAGGCUCCGAGCCCGACACCUCUGAGAGAGGUGGGCUGAUUCACCAAGGCACACCCAGACUCUGCAGCUCUGGGGGCCGCCCCCAACCACCAGCCCCCUGUGUGCAGGGCCUGGCAUCAAGAGCAUUCCUGUCCCAGGAAUGAACGGCUGCACGGCUAAUGACUCAUUGCGGCUAAUGACUCAUUGCGGAAGACCAGGAGGCUUUGUCCUCCGAGGGUGUAUGUCGAGAACUGGCUGCCGGUCUCCUAUGUCCCCUAUUAUCUCCCCUGCCCAGAGAUCUUCAACAUGAAGCUGCAGUACAAGGGGGAGAAGCCAUUCCAGCCUGUGACACCAUCACAGUACCCUCAGCCCAAGCUGCUGGAGCAAAAGCCCACAGAGUUCCUGACGCUCACACCCUGGCUAGCGCCCAUCGUCUCCGAGGGAACCUUCGAGCCGGAACUUCUGCGUCAUAUCUACCAGCCGCUGAACCUGACCGUCGGGGUCACGGUGUUUGCCGUGGGGAAGUACACCCAGUUCGUCCAGCGCUUCCUGGAGUCAGCCGAGCAGUUCUUCAUGCAGGGGUUCCGGGUGCACUAUGUCUUCACUAACGACCCCACGGCCGUUCCUCGGGUCCGGCUGGGCUCUGGCCGCCUCGUCAGCAUCAUCCCCAUCCUGAGGCACUCCCGCUGGGAGGAGAUCUCCACACGCCGCAUGCAGAGCAUUAGCCAGCACAUUGCCGAGAGGGCGCACCGGGAGGUCGACUACCUCUUCUGCCUCGAUGUGGACAUGGUGUUCCGGAACCCGUGGGGCCCCGAGACCUUGGGGGACCUGGUCGCUGCCAUUCACCCCGGCUACUUCGCUGUUCCCCACCAGCAGUUCCCCUACGAGCGCCGGCCUCUUUCCACCGCCUUUGUGGCGGAUGGCGAGGGGGAUUUCUAUUAUGGCGGGGCGGUCUUUGGGGGGCGGGUGGCCGAGGUGUACGAGUUUACCAGAGGCUGCCACAUGGGCAUCCUGGCAGACAAGGCCAACGGCAUCAUGGCGGCCUGGCAGGAGGAGAGUCACCUGAACCGCCGCUUCAUCUCACAUAAGCCCUCCAAAGUGCUGUCCCCCGAGUACCUCUGGGAUGACAGGAAGCCCCAGCCCCCCAGCCUGAAGCUGAUCCGCUUUUCUACCCUCGACAAGGACACCGACUGGCUGAGAAGCUGAUGGCUGAGCCGGGGCUGCCGUGGAUAGGGGGGACCCCAGUGAGCGCCCAGCUCACCGGAGCCUCCGUGCAGCGGUGCCUCACUUCUCAAGCCUUAAGUGAGACCUGCCCUGUGCUGUCCACCUCUCAGUCUGCCAGCAGAAUCCAAUGGGAAAAUGGGCCUGUGAAGCCCUUUGUAAACUGUGAAGGGUGGUGCGCAUAUGAGGAGAACGCCAAGAUCAUGUAGCCUGUGUCCCAAGAACAGCAGGACAGGAGGCGGGGAGACCAGAGGUGGAAAAAGACAGGGCCCGGCAGGCCUCACCCAGCACACGUGCCUUGGGGCAGGCUCUGGAGUCUCAGCCCCGCCCAGUACCUCAAAUUCCCCCUCUGUCCCCCUUCUGUUGCCUGUUGCCCUUAAAGUUGCACUUCUAACACUGUGUGAAAGGCAUCCCGGACCCCUUUUCUCUGGCUCCAGGAGUCCUGGAUACUGUGAUGUCCCCCAGCCACACGGAGCCAGUCCCUCGCUCAGGUCCCUGAGGGAGCCUUUGAAAUCGCCCAGGUCUAGGCUCGCUCUGGUUUCAUGUCCCACCUCCCUUGAGGUGCACCACACUCCCUGGUACCAGCCGCCUCCUUUGUAAGAGGGUUUGGGCAGUUUUUAAUAAAGGUGGCGUGUGCUUGGCCCUAA